GGGCGCUUAGCAAGCAGCGAUUUGAAGUACCGGAGCGGUGGGAUACUUUCUUGGCUGAGCGCUGGAUAAAGUUGCGGAACUAUGAAUUCUGUCACAGAGAGGAUUUUAGUGGCGCUCUGUAUGCUUUUGAGUUUCUGCACCUAUUUGUCAUGGUCCUUCAAUGUUGGAACAUCAGGAGCAAAAGUGUUCUCUGGCCCAAUGGCUGAAGAGUUUGGAUACACUGUGCAACAUUUCAAAAAUCAUCAAGGCAAAUGGCUCUUGGUUGGCUCUCCCUGGAGUGGCUACCAACAGAACAGAAAGGGCAAUGUUUACAAAUGUGAAAUCCCAGGCUCCAAAACAACUUGUGAGAAGCUCAACUUGCAAAACUCUGUCAGCAUUCAAAGUGUGAAAAAUGUUAAUAUCAACAUGAGUCUUGGUCUGACUCUCACUCGGAUGCCAGUAAAGGAGGGAUUUAUGACAUGCGCUCCUCUCUGGGCCCAGCAGUGUGGCAGCCAGUAUUUCGUCCCUGGAAUCUGUACUGAAGUGAGCCCCCUCUUUGCUCCACUGCCCCCAUUCGCCCCAGCCAUUCAGACUUGUGGAGGUCCAAUGGAUGUUGUAAUUGUUCUGGAUGGGUCUAAUAGCAUUUGGCCCUGGGCACCAGUUGUAGCAUUUCUCAAGAAAUUGUUAGAGACUUUGGACAUUGGUCCAAGUAAUACUCAGGUGAGUGUUAUUCAGUAUGCAGUUGGACCCUCUUUUGAAUUUAAGCUGAAUUCCUAUACAACCAAACAAGACAUUGUUGCAGCAGCCUCAAAGAUUGCUCAAAAGGAGGGUCAAGAAACCAAUACCUUCCAUGCCAUUGAAUUUGCCAGGGAACAAGCCUUCUUACCUGCCAAUGGGGGUCGUCCUGGAGCGAGUAAAGUGAUGGUGGUAGUGACAGACGGGGAAUCUCACGACAAGAGCAUGAGGGACACAAUCAUCCCGAAGUGCGAGGAGGCAAAGAUCACCCGCUUCGGCAUUGCAGUCCUUGGCUAUUACUUGAGAAAUGACAUAGACACUAAGAACCUCAUUGCAGAAAUCAAGUCAAUUGCCAGUAACCCCACAGAGAAGCAUUUCUUCAAUGUCACCGCUGAGGGAGCCCUUCUGGAGAUUGCAGGAACACUUGGGGAUAGAAUCUUCAACAUAGAAGGGACCGGGAAAGGAGGGGACAGUUUCCAAAUGGAAAUGUCCCAAGUGGGAUUCAGUGCCCACUAUUCCAGUAAAGAGGAUGUCCUGAUGCUGGGGGCAGUGGGCGCCUAUGCGUGGAGCGGCACCGUUGUCCACAAAACUAACCAGAAAACAGAGAUUUUCCCCAAGAACACCUUUGAGAAAAUCCUGCAAGACAAAAACGACAGUUCAUUAUUAGGCUACUCUGUGACAACACUGCUGGAUGGAAGCUCAGAGUACUAUGUUGCUGGUGCACCUCGUUCCAAUCACACUGGCCAGGUCAUAGUGUACACCAUCAAUGGCCAGGGGCUGCCUACAGUCAUAGAUUCUCAGAGGGGAGAUCAGAUCGGUUCCUAUUUUGGCAGUGUGUUGUGCCCCCUAGAUGUGGAUAAGGAUGGUGCAGCCGACCUGCUGCUGGUUGGAGCUCCGAUGUAUAUGAGUGAACGGAAGAAGGAGAGGGGAAAGGUGUACCUCUUCUCAGUCACAAAGGGCAUUCUAAGUGACCAAGGCUUCCUCGAUGGGCCGUCCUCUUUGGAGAAUACUCGCUUUGGCAUGGCCAUUUCUGCAGUGCCGGACCUGAACCUCGAUGGCUUCAGCGAUGUGGUGGUUGGAGCCCCGUUAGAGGACAGCAACAGGGGUGUCAUUUACAUCUUCAACGGAGACAGGAAGACCAUCAGGAGGGAGCACUCACAGAGAAUUCUGGGAGCUGAAUUAGACCCUAAAAUGCAGUACUUCGGAAGAUCCCUGGAUGCACAUGGAGAUUUAAAUGAUGACACUAUUCCAGAUAUUUCUGUUGGAGCAUAUGGGAAAGUGGUCCAGCUUUGGUCCAGAGGAGUGGCAAUGGUGACAACAACAGCCACCUUCUUACCUGACAAAAUCAACAUCCUCAGUAAACCAUGCAGUGUUGGUGGGAAGAAGGUCUUCUGCUUCAAGAUCAAAGUCUGCUUCAGUGCAGUGUUUAGGCCCAAAACACCCGUGGGACCUGUUGCCAUAACCUACAACAUCACUCUGGACGCAGACCUACAGUCAUCGCGCGUAACCUCCAGGGGGCUGUUCACCAGCAACAACGAACGCCAUCUGCAGAAGGACAUCCGUAUUUCAACCACAGAAAUAUGCGAGGACUCUGAUGUCUACGUGCAGGAUGCACCAGACUUUGUGAGCUCCAUCGGGGUGCGAGUGGACAUCGCCCUGCAGAAGCCUGGUGACAACCCGGUGCUGGACAUGCUGAGCCCACAGGCCUGGGAGUUCUUUAUCCCCUUCUCGAAGGACUGCGGUUCUGAUGAAGUGUGUGUGAGUAACCUGGUGCUGAAGGUGGAGGACAGAAAAGCGCCUUUGCUGGUCAGCUACGGAAACAAAACAAACAAAAUCUCCUUCGCCGUGUCUGUGGAAAACAGGAAUGAGAAUGCUUACAAUGCCCGGGUCAUUGCCACCUACUCCAAAAACUUGUUCUACGCAUCCAUAACAGCUCCUAGCGAUGGAACAGAUGUCAAAUGCACCGCUACUAAGCAAAGUGAAACACUGUCCUGUCAGCUGGGAUACCCUGCCCUCCACAAAAACCAGCAGGUGACAUUCAAAAUCAACUUUGACUUCAAUUUUAAUCAGCUGCAGAGCAAGGUGGACAUCCACUUUGAGGCUGAAAGUGACAGCAAAGAGGAGACGCCCACUGACAACACCGCCGAUGUCUCCUUCAAUGUCCAGUAUGAUUCUGAAAUCAGCUUGACAAGAGAUGCAAAUAUUAACUUUUACGUGGUGAAUGAAGAGAGUACAGUGAAGACCACAGUGGAAGAUUACAAUGACAUUGGUCCAGAGUUCAGCUUCAGACUGAAAGCUUCCACAGGAAACAUCCCAGUCAGCCUGGCCUAUCUGACAGUCUCCCUGCCGGUUUCCACCAAGGGAGGAAACCCAUUGUUCUACUUAACUGGAGUCAAGACUAAAUCAGGGGGCGGUGUGAACUGUGAGGAGAGUGGCCUGGUGGACCCGCUGGAGAUCAGCAAGAGGCCAUACACGACCUCCUACUCCCCCGAGAACUUCAGAGGAACAGAGGAGCUAAACUGUAAAAGCGCCACAUGUAAGGCCAUGAAGUGUGUGCUGAAAGACAUGGAGGUAAAACAUGACUACUUUGUGAACAUCACCACCAGGGUCUGGAACGGCACAUUUGCCUCUGCGACCUUCCAGUCCAUCAUGCUGAGUGUAACUAUGAGCAUAGAAACGUCAGAGCCGGAGCUGCUGGUAAUCAACCCUAAUGAGCUGCCGGUGGGAAUAAUGAUCAGUAAGCCACAGGAGAAAGCCGAUGUGCCGGUGGGAGUGAUUGUGGGCAGUGUGAUAGGGGGACUGCUCCUAUUGGCUGCGGCAGUUCUCCUGCUCUGGAAGUUGGGCUUCUUCAAAAGCAAGUACCAGCAGCUGAUGAAAGAGGGGGAGAACGAGCCGGAGAACGAGGGACUCCAGCAGGACGAGGCAUGAGUUUGGCGCGGCAGGCGAAGGGCCGCAGACGGCCAUCCUGGCUGCCCUCUCCUUCACCUUUAUCGAAAAGGGAACUGAUGACAAAAAGCGUUUGGUGUGGGGACCCGUGCAAAAUAUGCCAGCCGUCAGCCCCUACGGCUGUCCAUCUGCACGCUGUGGCGAGGCGUCUUUGGGUGGACACGUCACUGCGCAGAUUCAGCGCAAUCAAAGGCCUGAGGCUGCAGAGGGCCAAACGGAACACAUGCCUUUAAAAGCCAAAUCGGAAACACACACUCAGAGCUCGAUCAAUGUAGGAUAAGGCUGACCCCCCAGAAACAAAGCACAAUGAUAGCACUAUGUCUGCCUGCGAGCAGAGAAAAACAAUUAACUACUGUACCAAUUAACUACUGUACCUCUUCCUGGAUGAAAUUGAAAUGUAAUUAGGUUUUAAGUAUGGGAGCUUUAGCACUGUUCCUGACUUGGUAUUACUGCCCCAGUGUAGCUGUCACGUGGUGAUUUUGCAUUUUGCAUGAAAUGGGAUUGGACAGGCUCACUGUUGGAGGAUUCUAGGAUAUGAAUAGCUAUCAAUAUUCAUCACAGGGUACGUAUACAUGUAGCUCAUCAAUCUUUCAGUUCCCAGCAAUUUAAAUCUUCCAGAAGAUAUAUAAUAAGUAUUCAUAAUAGUUUUUCUCAUAUGCUGGCAUAUGAAUGUAAAUUGUACUAUGCAUUGUAUUGGGUGCAAGCAAAGUUAAUUUAUUAAAUGUGGAAAUGAGUUAAAUAGCAAUUGUAUGUUCAGAAUACAGGGCAACUGGAAUGUGUUCAGAUAUGCUAGCUGUCCCACCUGCAGCUAUGCAGAAUUAACCUAAAGAUACAGGCUCAUCGGGUAACUAAGUGCAGUGUGUUAUUGUCCUGCCCGUGUCACUGCAUAGACGGUGCCUUUGGCUCUUACAGCCCUUUCUGAAAACAAUUUCUAUGCAAAGAGUUAUAGAGCAGAACGUAACCAGAGUACAUCGGCCAAAAUAAAGAGCCACUGAUAAGCCUUAUGUGACCUCUUUGUGCAACAAUUCAAAUGUUACAUGUGCUUAAUACAUUUAUCUGAAGUUACAGCCAUACAGUUGUAGAAUCCUGAAAUCAAAUUGUUCAGAUUUAAUGUGAAAAGUUCUGAAAGUCAUACAAAUCAUUCGUCUGCUCCUGUCCUUUCAGAGGGAUAGAUGUCCAAUGGUAGAAUAAGGGCAUUUGCCUAAAAUGUAAUUUAGGUGGUUAGAAAUUCAAGGCCAUAUAAUUCUAAAUGUAAGGGAAAUUAAGGCAUAUUCCAUUUCACGUUGAUGAUACAAACGGUACAAAGCCCCAUUUAAUAUCAAUGUAAACCUGACAUAUUGAGAGCGAUACAGACAAUUCUUGAAUGCAGCCAUUCCUUAAUAUAUUUACUUAUAUGUCUGUGCUUGCCUACUUGCAUUAUAUUUGUUUACAGAUACUUUAAAGAUGUACAUAAUAAUUCAUAUGCCUAUGACCAUUAAGCAUUUCAUUUUUCCCAACAAAGACCAGCAGUCGCUGUAUAGAAAACACUUUGUUGUAGAUACUGUGCAGGACCCAGGACAAGCAAAGGCCUGAGGUUAUAAUAUUGGCUUAGUAAAACUGAUGGAAUGUCUAAGUUAUGGACUUUUGCACUGAUUUUUAUAAGUGUACUUUUUAUAUGAAUGGGUAUAG